CGUAUUCCCACGCGAGUCAAUUACGUUUGACUACAAAUAGCUCAUAUAAGCUGUAACAAUUAAGUCGCGCGUGAGAGGCGGCACAUACGAGGCGCGGCGACAGAAUGCCUGUAGCUCGGUGAAACCGGCCUGAGGAGCUGAGCGCUAAGACGGUGCCCCAUCCACGGCAUCGUCAUGAGCUUUAUAUGUAAAGUUCUACGAAGUGCUUUGUUGCUACUUCUGCUCGCUGGGAGCUUGCUUGACGCCGCUUGGGCCCAGCCGGCGGCGUCCCCGCCUCCGGGAGGGGGCUGGCCCCUGUCAGCGCCACCGCCGCAGUCAGUCUCGGAUGUUGCAAAGACGCCAGAGACCAUCAUGCAGCUGCGGGGGCUGACCGGCAUACGCUCCUGCGCGGAGCUGCAGCCGAUGUUCCUGGAGCUGCUGGACAGCGGCAACAUAUUCUCUCGCAACCAGCUCUGCUACGUCGGCCGGGAGGUGUUGACAGACGGAAGCGAGGACCUGAGCGACCCCGGACUGCAGCAGCUAUCUCCGCCGUCGCUGCCGCUAUCGCUGACUGCGCCCAGUCCGCCGUCGCUGUCGUCUUUCGUACUGUCCGCUGUCCUGCCGUCACUCGAAAUGGCGCAGCGUGCGAUUGCGAGCCUUGGUACGGACACGGGCGCAGACGUGAGCACCUUCAUGCAGGUGGCGGGCAUGCCAUGCGGCGGUGCACUCCUGGCCACCACGCUGACGGAGGACCAGGACACCGCCACUGUGUACACCUUCAGCUGCGACGGCACGCUGUCAGUGCCGGGCAGCGUGGCGUCGCUGGUGCUGCCGGCCAUGUGCUGCGCCACCAACGUGCCGCGGCCGCCCAAACGCCACACGCCACCACGGCCGCCGCCGGUGCUUCCGCCGUGGCGCGCGCUGCCGGACCCGCCCUCGCCGGAACCACCCUCGCCGCAGCCGCAUCCACAGCUCCCCACCCGCCCGCCUCGGCCGCCGACGCGCCGCUACCCGCCACCAGCAGCAGUGCCGGGCGCGCCGCAGCUAACUCUCUUCGUAAUGGCAGACCCGCAGCGCCUGCUCUGCGCCAAGCUGCUGGCGGCGUGCGAGACGCUGGCGCAGCCGUAUGGCCUGCUGAACGGCAAGUACGGCUGCUACGCCAGCAACGAGCUCUCCUCCUCAGGCAGCACCACGCCUAUGCCACGCUACGGCUCCGCUGCGCCACUGCCUAGUGCGUACACCGCCUCGAACGAGUCCCUGGCAGUGAACGGCACAGGCGCAAACAGCACGGAUCUGGUACUUGCGGUUCCGUACAUGAUCGUGACAGCGACGUGGCCGGCACGGCUGUACAGCCGGUCAUUUCGGCGCAUGCAGGCGGCGCUGCCCAGCAGCGUGGAGGUGUUUGCCAGCCUGGGUGCCGUGCCCUGCAACACGGAGGUGAGGGCGGUGCUGCUGAGCACUACCGGCAUGGUGCACCGGGAGGAGGCGUACGGCUGCAGCAAUGCGCUACCUGCGGUGUAUACAGCGCUGCUGGAGCAGGAUGGGCUCAAGGUGGUGCCCAGGGUGCUGCUGUGCUGCCGGCCCCCGCCAGCACCAGUGCCUCCCAACGCGCCGCCACCGGGCGGUCCGGCACUGCCGCCGCCAGUGCACCCACCCCCGGGACCCUUCACGCCGCCCAGCCCGCCAGGCGCGCCGCCGCCGGGGCUGAUAAUUGAGCUGGCGCCGCCGCCGCAACCGCCGAGUCCACCGCGCUCCCCUUCACCCCCGCCUCCACCACCGCCUCCGCCUCCACCGCCCCCGCCGUUUCCCGGCUAUGAGGAUCACGUAAGCACCCAUCCGCGGCCGCCACCUGGGCGCGUCCAGAACGGCCAAGAGUGGUUCCCACCGCCGCCUCCUAGCAUCUCUUACACCUCUGCAAAUUUAUCAACGGGUGCCAUCGUGGUCAUAGCGGCGCUAGCUUCGGCGGCGUUCGUGUCUACGCUGGUCGUAGUGUUUGUCCUGUACCGCCGCCGCAGCCUUGGCGGAGCUGGCGCCAACAAGAGCGGCCCCGCGCCGGGCCCUGGUCCAGCGCCUGCCGCACCGGCAAGCUCAGAGGGGUACCAGGCGCAGCACGAGUCCGGUGCCGCUGCUGACACCGCCUGGGUCGGCAUCUCGCUUACGGACGGUGACAGCACCUACCACCAACUGGCACACCCGCUGCAGCAGCAGGACAAGCAGCACGUGGAGCAGCUGCUGCAGCAGGCGCAGAAGAAGCAGCUGAGCACGAAGCGGGCCGACGGCGGACUGCUGGCCUACCAGUCCUCGCUGGAAUCGCAGGUGUCCGUGGCGGGCACGGGCGUGGCGCUGGGGGGUACCACCAGCAUUGGCACGGAGGCGGCGGCUAGCGGUGGUGUGGCCUCGCCGCAGUGGGUGGUGCUAUACCCGGGCGGCGGCGAGGCUGGGCUUGACCCGCACCGCGUGUCAGUGCUGUUGCCUGAGGGCGACAGCGUGGCUGUGAUUCGCGCAUCGCCACAUCGUGCGCUGCCUGCCCCUGUGUGGCAGCAGCAAGAGGCAGCAGCUGUGGAGGGAGGCGUUGCAGGGGACACGCUAGCGGCCGCGGCUGCGGCGCUGGAGGGUUGCGGUGGGGACAGGGCCCCGGGCGCGAGCAGCUUCGGUGUAAUGGAUGUGUUCCGGGAAGCGGCGCAGAACAUCUGCCUGUCAAACGCAACCAGCGCCGCACCAUCUGCAGCUGGCCUGCUUGCAGCAAACGGGCUCAGCGCCGUCCCGUCCAGCCUCCCGCCACUUUCACCCGGCGCGCUACACGGCGCUGCAGCUAGCGCUUCCCGGCAGCCCACAGGUGUCGCCGCGACGCCGUUCCAGCGUACACCCAGAGUGGGCGGCGUUAGCGCGGGGAGCGGCUGCCCACAGCCCGCUGCUUUGGUUGGACCGGUGCAACCGAUGGCGUCUCGGGCCUUUUCCAGCGGCUCCCCCGGCACACCCGGGUCCGUACCACCUGCUACCAGCGCCUUUGCGCCCUCACCGGCCCGGCACCCGGCGUCAUCUUCCAUGCGCCGUCGUGAAGCGCCUUGCGAGCUGACGCUGCAGGACCUGUUUAUGCAGUCGCCGCUCACUGGCGCCUACUUGGCCACGCCACCUACCAGCAGCGGUGGCGCGCCGCCCAGCCCGCCGCGGCACGCAGCCUCCGAGCCGCAGACGCCGCAGCGGCCGGUCCCUGCUGCCGCCGCGCCAACCGCAACGCUUGAGCGGCUGUCUGUGCAGCUGGCCAUGAACAUAGCGCGGCUCUCCAGAGCAACGCCGAGCGGCGACUUAGGUAUGCGGUCAAGCGCACUCAGUGGUCUGCCAACGGUGGCGCACGGCGGCUCUCAGGCAUCGUCGGUUGCGCGCCUGCAGCGGUGGCGCACAUACACGGAGGGCCUCGGCCGCGGUGUGGCAGCAGCGCUGAGCGGCCUGGCGUGUGGCUCGGCAGCGCUGCACGACGUAGUCAGCGGCGGCGAUGGCGCCCCAGAGCAGCGGGAGGACGGGCUGGCAAACGUGAAUCACAGCAGUGCCGGCCGACGCAACUACAGCAGUGGGUCGCAGCCGGUGUCGGACUCCGCCUCAGGGGCACCCUCGGGGUUAGAAUCAGGCAGCAUAUCGGGUAACGGCACGACGCUGUCGAUGCGGUCGUCGCAAGGCACGGCGGGUGCAGUAGCGGUCUUGUCAGAUGCAGAGGGCGCCGCUGGCCACCCGCCUGCCAAAACAGGCGGGGUCGCCGGUUUGUCACCCACCCACGACAGCGCUUUGCCACCACUACCGCCGACGCGCUCGCGCGGAAUACCAGCGGCAGCGGACACAAGCGCGAGUGCAGCGACAGCGACCACGGCCGGGGCAGCUGGCAGCAGCGGGCAAGCUGUGCUGCUGCCGGCCCCCGCUGACCCCCACUUGGACCUGGACAUCAGCCCGCGCGACCUCAAGCUGCAGGCCGACGGGCUGCUGGGCGCCGGCGCGUUCGGCUCAGUGUACCGUGGCCGUUUCCGGGACCAGCCCGUGGCGAUCAAGGUGCUGCACCAUCUGCACCUGCAGCAGCCCAUGCCGGGUGGCUCGCCGGGUGGGCCUGGCGGCGCACUGCCGUACAAGGACAAGGAAGUGGAGUCGUUCCGGCAAGAGAUCGCCAUCCUGGCAUCACUGCGGCACCAAAAUAUCGUGCGCGUGCUGGGCGGCUGCGCGCACGCCGGGCGGCCCUUUUUGGUGAUGGAGUUGCUGCCGCGCUGCCUGCACAAUGUCAUCCAUGGCGCCAACAGCCGCCUGCCACUCAGCGAGGUGCUGCGGAUUGCCACGGACGUGGCGCGCGGCCUGCGCUACCUGCACCCCGCCAUCGUGCACCGCGAUUUGAAACCGGCCAACAUCCUGCUUGAUGCCACCGGCACUGCCAAGAUUAGUGACUUCGGGCUGGCGCGCUACCACCUCAAGCCCUACAUCAGCACGCAGCAGCCAGACGCGGGCAGCGUCGCUUACACCGCGCCCGAGGGCUUUGACCCUGCCAUUGGCCGUUUGUCUUCGAAGUGCGAUGUCUACUCCUUCGGCGUGCUCCUCUGGGAAAUGAUCACUCAGGAGCACCCCUGGAGUGGCGAUUCCAACGUGGCCAUCAUUUACCGUGUGGCCGUGCACCGCAUGCGCCUGCCCGUGCCCGCCGACCUGGCCGUGUGCCCGCCCCGCCUGGCGACGCUGCUGGAGGCUUGCAUGGCGUACCGCCCGGCGGACCGGCCCGACAUGCGACACGUGCUGGGCGAGCUGGAGGCUAUGAGCACGGUGGCGGUGCGCCACUGAACUGAUGCGUGCGGUGCGCGGGGGUUUGCACUUGGCACGAUUGAUUAUUGGGUGGGAGUGGGCGCUGUGUGGACAGCAGAAAUAAAUGGUUACAGCAUGUGCAGUAUGUAUUGAAGCGGGCCUUGACUGUGACCUUGUUUCGGUUGCGAGACAGAACGUGCCUCUAAUGGUAGGGCUCUGACGACUGUGGGGAAAGUUGUGCAAUAGUCUGUGGUUCAACAGUCCUUAGCCGCGGCACCCUGUGAUUCGGGGACGCUAGCACGUACCGAUUGCAACCUUCCUCGUGUGUGACCCGCAACCGAUUCGUGUUGAUCCCUGUGACCUUCGACCAGGACAGUGACACCAAUAGUCUCGUGCCUUCUGUUGUGGGGCUUAGCUCACGGCAUAUACAAUUUAUUGUGGAGCUGCAUUAGAUUCCUUCUUGUCAUUGAUUUGUGGCGAGGGGCGCAUGACUUACUGAGUGUAGACCGCCAGCCGCCUGGCUAUGUGUGGAUGUGUGCAAGGAUUCAUGUGCUUGGGGGGAAUUAGACACAGUUCUACACAGGCUAGUGUAAAUGUUGCAGUUGGUUCGUGCGCAAGCCAGUUAUGAAUGCAAUUGAUCGUUCAUAUGGUUAUGGCAACGACGCGAUGUGGUGACUAGCCAUCUUUGCCCUAGUACACCAUGGGGGCAUGUCACACCCGUGGAGGGCACUGUAACACGGCGGGCGGCCGGUUGCAGUACGUGUGAGUUCGAGUUUGAGGGCAGAGUUUUACCCCUAUCCAAAAGCCUUUGCAUUUGAAUACGCGCUGACAGCCCAGCAUGUCUUGGGAUGCCCGUGAUGUUCGGACCUGUUCCUUGCACAGCGUGUUUUCCCACGUGUAACCAUUCAAGAAU